AUGGCCAAGAGCCGCGGGCCCGGCGGGCCCGGCUCGCCCGGCGGCCACCACAGCCUGGCCGGUACCCGCGAGAGCCUGGCCGAGCCGCCCGCCGACGAGCUCAGCUCCCUCGGUUCCGACUCCGAGGUCAACGGCGGCGGCCCCGAGGAGCGGCGGGUCGAUAAGUUCGGCUUCAUCGUCGGCAGCCGCAGCGCCGAGGGACCGCUGGAGGAGGUCCCCCUGGAGGUGCUGAGGCAGAGGGAAUCCAAAUGGUUGGACAUGCUCAACAACUGGGACAAGUGGAUGGCCAAAAAGCACAAGAAGAUCCGACUGCGGUGCCAGAAGGGGAUCCCCCCCUCCCUGCGGGGCCGGGCCUGGCAGUACCUGUCUGGGAGCAAGGUCAAACUGGAGCAGAACAUGGGCAAGUUUGAUGAACUGGAUCUCCUGCCAGGGGAGCCCAAGUGGCUGGAUGUGAUAGAGAGGGAUCUCCACCGGCAGUUCCCCUUCCACGAGAUGUUUGUCUCACGUGGAGGCCAUGGGCAGCAGGAUCUGUUUCGGGUGCUGAAGGCGUACACCCUGUACCGCCCAGAGGAGGGGUACUGCCAGGCACAGGCUCCCAUCGCUGCCGUCCUGCUCAUGCACAUGCCAGCCGAGCAAGCAUUCUGGUGCCUGGUGCAGAUCUGUGAGAAGUACCUCCCUGGUUACUACAGUGAGAAGCUGGAGGCCAUUCAGCUGGACGGGCAGAUCCUCUUCUCACUGCUGCACAAGGUCUCCCCUGUGGCUUACAAGCACCUGAGCAAGCAGAAGAUUGACCCCAUCCUCUACAUGACCGAGUGGUUCAUGUGCGCCUUCUCCCGCACGCUGCCCUGGAGCUCUGUCCUGCGUGUCUGGGACAUGUUCUUCUGUGAAGGGGUGAAGAUCAUCUUCCGGGUGGGCUUGGUGCUACUCAAACACACCUUGGGCUCCUCAGACAAACUGAAGUCCUGCCAGGGCCAGUAUGAGACCAUGGAGAGGCUGAGGGCCCUUAGCCCCAAGAUCAUGCAGGAGACCUUCCUGGUGCAGGAGGUCAUCGAGCUGCCGGUGACAGAACGUCAGAUCGAACGGGAACACCUGAUCCAGCUGAAGAAAUGGAGGGAGACCCACGGGGAGCUGCAGUGCAAAUCCCCCCCGCGCCUGCACGGCGCCAAAGCCAUCAGCGAGGCGGAGCCUCCCCCCCGCAAGGCGCUGGAACCCGUCCCCUCCAUCAUCGUCCCCUCGGGCCCCGCUCCCGUGCCCAAGGCCCGCAAGAGCAAGGAGAAGAGCCGAGAAAGAGCCCGGCCAGCCCCGCCAAUGGCCCCGGAACUGAGGGCAACGGGGCGCCCCGGCUCGGCCCGGGAGCUGCUGCACCCCCAGGUCUCCCCCCACCACCACCAGUCCAAGGAGAGCCUGACCUCCCGGGAGAGCGAGGACACGUACUUGUAGGUAACCGUCGCAGGACAGGGACCGAGGUUGGGAGCUGCAGGCAGGAUGCGCUGGAGGCAGCAGGAUUUGAUGCCAGACCACCACGGUGG